CUAGGGCUUAGCUGUCGGGCUAAAGUUCUAUAUGCAACAGUGUGUCCCUGGGGUGGCAAGUUUCUCGCUGCGCUGCGCUGCGCUCGGAGUCUGUGCGUCGGGGAGCGGGGCAGCGCGGGCUCGGGUGCCCGUCUCUGCUGCGUUAGGCCGGGCUUAAGCCGCGCCCGGCUGAGGCUGAAGAUGUCCGGGCACUUCUCUGACACAAGCAGCAGGAAAGAAAAUGUUAAAAUCACAAGUGAGCCCAAGCCAGGGUUUCUGGAGAGACUCAGUGACACUGCUGGAGGGAUGCUGAUUGGACUUGCGGCAUUUUCUCUCUCGUUCUACCUUCUUUUUACCAAUGAGGGACGAGCUUUGAAGACAGCCACUUCCCUUGAUGAGGGGCUUUCUCUCGUGGUCCCUCUUAACAAUGUUCACAGCGUGUCUCAGCAGAAUGAGGGAAAACUAGUGCACUUGUCAGGUGCCCUUAGAACAUCAAAGCCUUUGUUUGAUCCCAGCUAUGGGCUCUCCAUCCAGGCUGUCAAACUGAAACGUCAGGUGGAAAUGUAUCAAUGGGUAGAAUAUGAAGACUCCAAAGAAUAUGAGGAGAAUGGCGAAAUUAAGAAAGAAACAAGAUAUUCGUAUAACACUGAAUGGAAAUCAGAAGUUGUGAACAGCAGAAACUUUGAUCGAGAGAUUGGCCAUAAAAACCCCAGUGCCAUGGCUGUGGAAUCUUUCACUGCAAUUGCUCCUGAUGUCCAGGUGGGCAGUUUCUUUCUUUCAAAAGGUCUUAUUGAGAAAAUUGACAGUUUUAAGCAGAUGAGCCUGUCGAAAUUGGAGGAUCCGCAUGCUGACAUUACUCGAAGAGGAGAUUACUUUUAUCACAGCGAGAAUCCUGGGCGUCCAGAAGUAGGAGACCUUCGUGUUUCAUUCUUCUAUGCGGGUCUGAGCGGAGACAAGUCCCACCGUGGCCCAGCAGAUGUGGUGACCGUGAUUGCUCGUCAGCGAGGGGAUCAGUUGGUUUCGUACCAAACUAAGACUGGAGACAUUCUGCAGAUUCUUUAUCCUGGCGAUCUCUCUGCUGAGGAGGUGUUUCAAAAAGAGCAUGAAAGUAACACCAUGAAGACCUGGGCUCUCCGUGCAGCUGGCUGGCUGGCGAUGUUUGUAGGCAUCAACCUUAUGACCAGAAUCCUUUACACUUUGGUGGAUUGGUUUCCUGUUGUUCGAGAUCUGGUUAAUAUUGGACUUAAAGCUUUUGCUUUUUGUAUAGCCACCUCACUCUCCCUGCUAACUAUUUCUGUGGGAUGGCUCUUCUACCACCCACUAUGGGCUCUACUGAUUGGGUUGCUGUCUGCUGUUCCUAUUGUGAUUGCAAAAUCACGGGUUCCACCAAAGAAGCAUCAAUGAAGAUGGAAGAAUUCCUUUUUUUCCCUUGCACUUGGACCCGGUUUUUCUAAUCCUUUGAAGCCUAGUGCAUUUAUCACGUUUCAAGCUAUUAUGACAUGCUUAAGGCACAUUACAGUUCAGAAUCUUGACUCCCUGCACCAGAGAGUCCAGUAGGAGACCGAGAUGCAAAUUUUUUAUGCUUAUUAUACAUCCAUGGGAAAAUGUAACUGUAGAAGCUACACUUUGAAGUGGGUGAUAUUCUGUGUAUUUAGAGGAAGAAGCAGCAUUUGUUACUUAAUUAUUUUGCCAAUCCUUACUUAUUAAAAGAACAAUGAUGUGUGCUGUUUACAAGGCAAUAUGGACAGAUUUAAUUAAGCAAUCCAUGAUAUGCAAUCUCUAGCAGAUUAUGUGCCUGCCUCUCAUUUAACUAUUCUAUUUUCUUAUGUACACAGAUAAAUAUACUUACGUUGACAAUGUUUUGAAAUGAGUGUUUAUAGACAAAAUGCUGCUUGCACCUGAGUGAAAGCUGUGUUAUGCAUUUAAUUUGUUUUCAGUAGUUAGAAAGCCAGGUAUAAUGUGUAAGGUUUCCAAAAGUAAUAAGUGAUUUUGGCUGCUCAACUGGUUACCUUUUAAAGGGGCCUGAUUUUCAGAAAGGGACGAGCUAUCACCGACUCAGAAUCAGAACCCUGGAAGCUGUCUCAUUUGGGCACCCAAAGUUGCUAGCAUGUCUACUUUGUUUUGUAAAACUUUAAAACUGAUUUCAAAUUCCACCUGCUUAAAGGGAUAGUUUAAAGUCAAAAUUAUGACUUUAGACUAAGAACUGAUGUAACCUGCAAAACUAGUGUAAAUUCCUGUUUUCCCACUUAUUUCACUUAGUUUGGCUAAUGAAAGAUGCAUGAGAAACAAACUGAGUACUUGUAUAAGCUGUACUGUUUGGAUUUAAACACUUUCCUGCAGAGUUUGCAACUGCCUCAUACUUAAACACUUUAAUUGAAAUUUAAAAAAAAUUAGUUAAUAUUUUGUAAACGUUAGUAACCUAAAUGUUAGGGUUUGUCAUAUUGGGGCCGGGUGAGGGCGCAGCAGAAGCAACUCCACAUCUAACCUCUCAUUGAUUGUUUACAUUUUUCUGCCAACACCAGUAUGUGUGUUUUUGGAACCCCUUCUGUAUUAUUUUAAAAAGUGUAUUUGCUUCUAACAACUUGGGGCUGUUUUUCAGCCUGCAUUUUCCUAUGCUUCCACUUUUGUAAGCACAACUGAUGUUUAAGAAUACCUAAUUCCAUGCACAAAGCAGGAACGUGGCAGCUCACUGACCUCAACCUGAGUUUUCAAAAGCUUCCUUCCCCUUGCUACAAUAUUUUACUUGAAUAUAUCUAAUGGCUGAAAAAGAGGAUUUUGCUUGCUUGAGAUCUUAAAGUUAAACAGGAGAAACUACACCAAAGCUGAGGAAUGUGGAAGGUAUAGUCCUUAAAUCCACUUAACCCAUACAGUUGAUAUAUUUAAGGAAUCAGGGCAUGUGAUUUUAAAAUCAAUUACUAAUGCUAAUAAAUCUAGUACCUACAGUAACUUAUCUAACAGCCCAAGGAAUAUUUAAAAGUUGGCUACAGUCUGAGAAUUCAAGGCUUGGUGAUGGGACAAUUUUUGAAAGUUUUUUUUUUUUUUUUUUGCACAAAACUAUUAAAUAGAAUGGUUUGUAAAAUAGAACUCUAUUGUUCAUUCAAGAAGUAGCGACUGCCAAUCAUUGUUAGGUGGUGCCCUUUUAUUCCUGUCGGUAUCCAGCCAGUGUUGGUUCAGUUUCAAGUCUCUAGGGCCCUAUGCUGCCCCUAAUGAAGUCAGUUGGAACAGGCUCCUAGGUAGGUUGCCUGGAUAUACAAAUAGUCUAUAAACUUAUGCAGUGUUCAUUUGUCUGCUACUUAAUCAUUGCAGUAUAUCUUCUAGUACCUCAAAUUGUGUUUUCCUUUUGGGGAAGAAUGUAUUGAACCUGUACUUUCAAAACAAACCCCAGCCAGCAUUCAGCUACUGUACAAUGGAGACUCUUGAAAUAGUUUUCUGUGGAAGUGCUGAACUUUUGUAUGUUUUAUUAAAAGAAAGUUUCUCAGA